AUGCCUAGAAUCACCACCGCCGAUCGGAAGCGAGUCUAUCUAGCUUGCAAAGGGUUAUUUAUAGGUGCUAGAGCCCGGAUCAAAAAGGGAAAAGUCCAUAAGUACUUGAAUCGGCACCGAGAAUAUGUUGAGCCGCUCAAAAAAGAAAUGGGCGCUGAAACAGUCAACAAAAUUGUACAUGAGCUGCUAGCCAAUGGUCAUUUCUCUCGACCAUCGGUUGCUAAGGCCGAAUUCCCUGAGCUCUUCCCACCUUUUCCAAGCAAGGAUGCCCAAGAAGUAUCAGAAAAGGGUACAGUGUGCCCCGGCUCUGAUAUGUCGGAAGAAACUUCACCGUCUAAGGACUUGUCAUUUCCCAUGCUAGAAGCCGAUGCAAUUUCAACCACCGAGGAAAAAAUACAAAUUCCAGAAGAUGGUGAAACUUCGCCUAUCGAGGAACAAACACAAACUCCAGAAGAUGAUGGCGAGGUUGAGACGGAUGUUUCUGAUAAUUAUGAAGAACCUCGUUUAGUGGAGCAAGUCACUUCACCUAAAAGUAGCGAAUUGCCUUUUGGGAGGACCAAAAUGCCCUCAUUGUUCCCUUCGGCGUUCCCAUACAAAGCUCAACAUUUAAUCUUGACAAACGCUCAGCAUAUCCUUGAGGAACGUUUCUUCGAUUUCUUCAAGAAACAUAUGCCAUCCAUGUUUGAGCGCCGUAAGUUAGACUGUGGCGAAGCCGCAGAACUGACGUUAUGGAAAAAGCUUCUGAAGCACGAAAGUGUCCCAAAGGACGCCCUCGACCUACAAGGAAAUAAUAUCGCCAAAUUGUGCUAUCAUCUGAACAGUAUGCGCAACACAACCGCCCACCGCGUGCCCAUUCAAUCCCUGGUUUUAUACAAAAUGCUAUAUGCCUCUGCAGAUCUUGCCAGAGCCCUCCGCGAUUAUCCUCGAGCGGUCCAAUUACAAAAACUCUGUCGGGAAGUCGAUAUUAAGAGGGAGAUCAUGGAACUGCGCAAGAAUGGCUUGCUACAAGUCUUUCGUGGUCAUCUCAAUGAAAUUGAACGUCAACGGGAGCUCCUAGACAAGAAAGAGGAAAGCCUCAAAGCCACUCUCUUGAAGGAUGAUCAUGAAGUUAAGUCUAUUGUCGGACGACUUCUACAUGAUUCAGCAAAGAAAAUAAUCGAUAAAGGCCAUGAUGUAGGAGCGGAACAACCAAAAGAGGAGAACAAGCCCGGGCUAUUUAGAAGCUUGGGAAGGCUUUUUGGUGAUUGGUAG